UCAGGCCGAUUCCUCAGCUGUGUGCUCUCCUGACAGAGGCACUGCUUGUGUGGGGUAGGAAUGAUGACAGGGGCAAAAAGGAAAAGAAGCACAGUCUGGAGGAAGAUCCAGGCUGUUAGCUUUGAAGAUAUCAAAGCCUGGUGUAUGAGAAGGCUGCCUAUCUUGAAGUGGGUGCCUGUCUACAACUGGAAGGAAAAUUUGCUGCCUGAUACUGUUUCUGGGAUGAUGCUAGCCAUCCAACAGGUGACUCAAGGGCUGGCCUUUGCUGUUCUGUCUUCAGUCCAUCCAGUUUUUGGGUUAUAUGGAUCUUUCUUCCCUGUCAUUAUUUAUGCCAUAUUUGGAAUGGGACGUCAUGUUGCAACAGGAACUUUUGCUUUAACUUCCUUAAUAUCUGCCAAUGCAGUUGAGCGUCUUGUUCCUUCAGUCAGAACUAAUUUCACUGCAAACAAUAAUUCAGGAAUUUUGGGUUUGUCAGAAUUUGAAAUGCAGAGGAUUGGAGUGGCAGCAGCAGUUUCAUUUCUAGGAGGAAUCAUUCAGGUAGUGAUGUUUAUGCUGCAGCUGGGCAGUGCCACUUUCUUGCUAACAGAGCCCGUGAUAAGCGCGAUGACAACAGGAGCAGCUACCCACGUUGUGACUUCACAAGUGAAGUAUCUGCUGGGAAUGAAAGUGCCAUAUAUGUCAGGACCACUGGCAUUUUUUCAUAUUUAUGCCUAUGUGUUUGAGAAUAUCAGAACAGUUCAGUUGGAGGCAUUACUUCUCUCCCUGCUGAGCAUUGUGGUACUUGUUCUGGUAAAAGAACUGAAUGAGAAAUUUCACAGAAACAUUAAAGUUGUCCUUCCCAUCGAUCUACUUUUGAUAAUUGCUACAUCCAUUGCUUGCUACUGUGCUGAUAUGGAAUAUGUCUACAGGAUAGAAGUUGUGGGAAAUAUUCCUAAAGGGUUGCCAUCACCAAAAGCACCACCCAUGAAUGUCCUGCCUGAAGUAGUCACUGAAGCUUUUGGAGUGGCACUGGUUGGUUAUGUUGCCUCACUAGCCCUUGCUCAAGGCUCUGCUAAAAAGUUUAAAUACAAAGUGGAUGACAACCAGGAAUUUUUGGCUCAUGGCCUCAGCAACGUGAUUCCUUCAUUUUUCUUUUGCAUCCCAAGUGCUGCAGCCAUGGGAAGGACGGCACUUUUAUACAGCACAGGUGCCAAAACACAGGUGGCUUGCCUUAUCUCUUGUGUAUUAAUUCUAGUGGUGAUCUACACAAUUGGACCUCUGCUGUACUGGCUUCCUAUGUGUGUGUUAGCAAGCAUUAUUGUUGUGGGCUUGAAGGGGAUGCUAAUGCAGUUCCGUGACUUAAAAAAAUAUUGGAAUGUGGAUAAAAUAGACUGGAGCAUAUGGGUUAGUACCUAUGUGUUUACAAUAUGCUUUGCUGCUAAUGUGGGACUGUUGUAUGGCGUUGUCUGCACUAUAGUAAUCGUGAUUUUCCGCUUUCCCAGAGCAAAGACACUGAAUUUGAAAAAUAUGAAAGAGGUGGAAUAUAAAUACAAAGCAGAAGAUAAUUGUGAAUCACUAAAACAGGUAAAAAUAGUUUCUGUCAACAGCCCAUUAGUCUUUCUGAAUGCCAGAAAAUUUCGCGCUGACCUGUUAAAGAUAAUCCAGAAGGAUGGCAUGAGCAGCCAGUGUGAGCAGAAUACAUUGCUCGGUUCAUUUUCCAACGGAAGUUGCCAUGGUGAGUUGGUGCAGUCAUGUCACAGUGAGCGACGACUUUUGAUAUUAGACUGCAGUGGACUGAAUUUCUUUGACUACACUGGAGUCUCAGUGCUUCUUCAGAUUUACAUGGACUGUAAAAACAGAUACAUCGAUGUGGUGCUAGCACACUGCAAAGCUUCCUUGAUAAAAGCAAUGCAGUACGGUGGAAAUCUUGACUCUGAAAAUCCUGUAUUUUUUGAAUCUAUUUCUUCAGCAAUUGAUGCAGUUCAGAUUCACAGGAAUUACAACAAGUUCAGUGAACAGAGUGAAGUGUGAUGCCCACCCAUUGAGCAUAGCAAGUUUCAUCUGCUGAUAUUCAAAAUGACCCACAUCAUGGCCUCUCCUUCACUUUUUUUCUCCAGUGGAUCUCAUAGAUGAUCUUUUGUAUACCAUAUAUAUUUUAGUACAUUCAUUAAUGACAGAUCUGCCUUU